AUGGAGCCGCAGAUAACCUAUCGAGGACAUUCAGCGACGAUCACCAGUGUUGCCAUUUCCUCAUCGCCGCCACGGAUCUACUCUGCCUCGUUAGAUUCAGUCGUCUUGGUGUGGUCGCUGCCGCCACCUGAGCACGAGACAUAUGCGCCGUACGAUCCCCGCUCAUUGUUGGCAAGCUUUGUAGGCCACACCGAUGUGAUCUGGGACAUGGUCCUGCUACCGCUCCGGCUCCGUGACGAGGCGCUGUUGGAAACGGUUAGUGCAGACGGGACGGUGAAGGUCUGGAGCACCGACAAACUCAACUCGCCGCUGAAAUUGAGCUGGGGAUAUGACGGCUUUAUUGAUGAGGAUCUUCCUCAGGCUUCGCAACCCACCCCGUCUAACGGACUCACCGUCAUCGAUGCUAAUGGCUCCCCGGUUAAGGUCACCCCUACUAGCGUCGCAGUCGUUUGGUCUGACCUCAAAAAAGUCGCGGUCUCGUACUCAGAUUCGGUCAUCCAGCUCGUUGGGAGGGGUUCCUCCCGGCGAGCUGGUUUGAAAUCCAGCUUGUCGGAAGGAACCCCUUCUGAAAAGCUGGAUCAUGCUCGCCGGGACGGGUUCCUCCCGGCGGUGUGA